AUGCUUCAAUCAGAACGUGCAAUCGCUUUGUCCCUUUUCUGCACGCAUCCUACAAUACCAUCAUGUGCGACAUACACAUGGCCAGGUGCUGGCCUGACCGACUAUGUAGACGACGAUGUCAUGAGCAUGGACUCUUCUUCAUACGACGCAUCAACCUCGGUUCCAGAGUCAAACCAUCAAGCGACUCCCACGAGAUCUAUGACUGUGACCACGGCCACUGCACAGCAAAGCCCAUCCAACUCUGGUAGUUCCGGGUCGUCGACCUCUAUUGGCACAAUUGCGGGUAGUGGUAUUGGGGGUAUAGCAGGUGCCGCUAUUAUUGGAGCCGAUGUCAUCUUCCUACUUUAA